AUGCCUGCCGCUUGUUCAUCAGAUGGCCAUCUGAUGAACGUUUUGGAGCGUCCACAAGCGUGUGGGUAUACUACGAGUGAGUGCGAUGGCCUCACUUGUGGUACGGUCGUUAGUACGACUGCACAAAACCUUAGUGUAACAAACGGUUACAUUUCGGAGCAAAGUUCCGGCGGCUGUGAGGAAACACAGGCUGCGCCGAAGGUCCACCACUCGAAUCAGUCGAUUGAACCGGGACAAAGAUGUAUCCCUAGCGGGGAACAUCUAGAAGAGAAACAAUCGAUCGCUCAGGUUAAUCGAAACGAUAAUCCUAGAUCGACUGGAGAGUCUUUCGUAGAGGAUCUCGCUGUGGUUGCGCAACCACAGCUAGAGGAAGUAAAGGGAAUAAGUCCCAAGAUUACAAAUACGGCGGAAAUAAGUUCCCCGAAACCCGAGGGAAUAAGUCCCCGGGAAGCCGAAGGAAUAAGUCCUUCGAAGCCUGAGGGAAUAAGUCCCCAGGAAAUGACAGAGACGUUGAAUGUCCUAGUCAAUAACGGAUCAAGCGUAGGCGCUUAUACACUUGAUCUGAUUGCGCCUCCGAAGUUGACUUCGGAGAUCACUCAGUUGCCAACGCUCGAACAUAAAAGGUUCUUGCGUGAUCUGCGUAGUGGCAAAGUCAAGCAGAUCUGCGUACUCGUCGCUGACGACGAGUGUGUAGCCGACAUAAGGUCAGCCACAAUGUUUACUGAGAAUGAGAGAGUUCUCAGUAGUUCAUCGAUGGACGAGAGUGUCCUCGAUGAAAAGACACGAGUUGAGCGAUAUGACUCCCAAUCGUGGGAAUCGCUCAAGACAAAUCCUCUCUAUGAAGAUUUGGUUGAAUUCAAGGAUGUAUUCCCUGAAACUGUUCCGUGCGAACUACCGAAGGAUAAAGGUAUUCGACACGAGGUCGAGCUUAAACCAGGCUCGAAGUACUGUGUCAUGAAGCAGUGUCCACUGCCUCGUGAACAAGCACUUGCUAUCGACAAGUUCUUUGCCGAUCGUUUAUGUAACAGCACCCUGAAGCUUGUACUGGUGACAUUACAGGCUACUUAUUCUGAUGACAGAAUAAGGCGGUGCCUCGUAACUUCACGUACACUGGUACGUGCAGAGGAAGACGGUAAGAAGAAGCGAGUACUUAGUUUAAGUAAAAAGUAG